GACGUGUCUGAAUCUUGCAACAUGCUGCAAGCAGCCUCCUUCGCACUCAUGCCUCUCAGAAAAGCAGCUCUGUGUUCGCUCUCUUCUCACAUGUCGGCUGCGCGAGUGCUUUGCGGCGCGUGAGAUGAUCCGAUGUGUUUACAUUUGGAGGGAAAGACGAUGCACUGUAGAGCUGUAACUUCCAACUUUUAUUACCAUUUUAUCUGCACAUUGUCAUGUUGCACUCGACUGCCAGUUUGUUGUUGGUUUUUUUUUGGUUUUUGGUUUUCAAUUUUAAGUAAACCAAGCACACAACAGUGUUGCAAUAAAUCCUUCCCCCUGCAAAUGUUUUUAUUCAGAGCUUUUUAUUCGACCGCAUUGUGAUUUUGGGAGCCUGCAGUUUGUGGUGCAAUGGAGUUUGUAUUGUGUUACACUACACAUCAGGUGCUACUUCUGCUUGUCCAUCUGAAUCAGAGAGAGGAGGCUAAAUAACAGCAGUGUGUGUGCAUAAUCCAAUAAAGCACCACAAAUUACAUCUUCCAUACGAGUCAUAAAGUUGUCAGAUGCCUUCAGGAUAUUACAUUUACUAUCACAUGAUCCAAAGUAAGGCAACAAACUUUUAUAAUUCAGCAUCUGGAGCCUUUCUUUUUAAAAAAGAAAGUUUGAUGCUAAGAAUUGUUGCAGUGAGUCAUGUAACUGAGUUAAUUACACAAAUAAGUCUGUUCAGAUAAAUGUUGCAUAUACAGAGGGAUUGAUUCACAGGACAGGGGGAAUCCCUUCAGCAGAUUUAUGUGUAUACAAACACUGCAGCACCACACAAUUUAAUAAAUCUUCUCAUGUGUAUUUCUAUGUGUCGCUGUGUGUGUGUGUGUGGGGCACGUGUUACAUAAGUCAGCUGCACAGAUCUUAAUGCUGCAUUGAGAAUAUAGCUGAAUCGAAUGCACUCCUCUGAGAGGCCAGCGUGUGUGUGUGUGUGUGUGUGCAUUGAUACAUAUCUGAGCAGACGGACGGGUGGCUAUAAGCUGCUUAACCCUGCGCUGACUCAGGUUCAUGCAAUUUCUCUGCUCCUUAACACGCGAGAGAAGCUCUGAUCACCGUUUCUCUGUUGGUGAAAUGAUUUCCGUUACUGAGGAACUUCAAAAGUAACAAAACGUCAAAACAGAAAGGCGGGCUCAGCUCAGCUCAGAAAUCUUUGUUAUAAAUCAGGAACACGUUUUUUACCCAUGUGGAGGAAUCUUAACCUUUGAAGUAAUUUGCUCAUUAGAAACAAAGGCACGUGUCACCUCCUUGGUUAUAUUUGUGACACUGAUGCUGUAUUUUCUCUUGAAAAACUGCUAAAAAACAAAAUGCAAUUUUCUGACAUUUUAGGAGAUGUAAACUCCUUCUCUACUGCAGGUUUCAGUGCACAUCUCUGCAGUUAUUCCCAGAAACGUCACUUGUUUGAUCGUCAGCACCCUUCUAGCAGCUGUGAUUGGUGUCGCACAGGUGACAGGUGCUUUCCUUACUAAUCCAAUUCCCUCCACCCUCCGGCCACCUCAGCAGUCCUCAUGGUGGAGUCAGUGGAGGAAGCAUCCCACUCAAAAUGAAAGGCGUCAUAUUGUGUGUUUUUGCCAUCAUGAUUCUCACACCUGCUCAAGGUGAGGAAAAGGAGCAGGUAGAGCAGCUAAUGGACUCAGUGGCAUUCGAAGCAGAGGAGCAGCAUCUGGAGUGCUUCCGCUGUGAUUUAGGCUUCUGGGAUGCCUGCUACACGACCGAAACCAAAUGCAAUCUUGGGGAGCGCUGCUACACAGGCCGGGGGAGGGCAGCUGAUGCUUUGGAUAUAAAGAUGCUGGGGUGUACCCAGGCAGAGGAGUGCGAGGUGGAGACGACCUUUGAGAUCUUUCCAAACAACACCAUCUUUGCGAUGACCAAACACUGUUGCGACACGCCCUUCUGCAACUCAGCGAGCAAACUUUCCAUCUGCGCACUGAUGUAUAUCACAGUGGCUCUAACUACCUGGUUUACUGAAGAAUCAGCAUCAUCAUAAUAAAGUAGAACUUGUUUAUUAUUUAUUACAGACUGUGUGAAGUGAUGCUGAAAGGAUUUCAACCAUAUGGUGAAGAAAAACCGCCACAUUUACAGAACUUUUUUAUGAAUGACUAAGAAGACGUUGGAUGGUUAUAGCAUAAAAGAUCAUUUAUUAUAUAUUACAGAAACCCUUUUUGGCGUUACAGUUCAUAUUUUUUAAGUGUGAAUAUGGUACUUAAACAUAAAAAACUGUGCUGCUUUUUUGUUUUGUUUUGUUUUUUUUUUGCAGUGUUUCUUGCAAUAAAGGUUGUGUCACUAUGUAUUUUGCCCCGGCGUUCUUCCAACACCAACCCAAAACA